AUGCUACGACAUGGUGAAUCGGGCGAUUGGAUUGGGACAUUUGAAGGACAUAAAGGGGCGGUCUGGAGUGCGAAAUUAGACCCGGACGCAACUUUUGGCGCCCGACCGGCAAGUGUGACGUUUACACUGGACGGAAUGCGACUCUUGACUGGCGGACACGAAAAAGUCCUGCGGGUGUUUGAGAUGGGACAGAUUAAAGACCAAUUAGAAACGUACAAAACAGAUGGUCGGACGGGAAUCGUGGUGGUACCACCGCUCCCAUUGGUGGAAAUGGAAACAGCUCAGCCCAUUCGAAAAAUUGUCGUACUUAAUUUAUCAACUUCAGGAGUGCAUGCAGAUGUAAUGGAUAUGGAAGCUUCAAGAGAUGGAAAAGUGUUGACGGUUGCAGCUGGAAAAGAGGUGUAUUUCUAUGAUGUGGACAAGAAUUUUGAACUGCUGCGUUCCUUUCCAAUGCCGAUAUCAUUUUUGCAGAGGAAGGAGGAGCAUCAUUGCAUCCGACUGAAAACAAGACAAUUGCUUGAGGAACGCAUACAAGGGACAUCAUGGACCAUCUGCGUGCGACGUCCCAUUGCAGACACAAUUGGGAGUUCGAGUUGA